AUGUUAAGAAUUUUUGUUGCAGCCGACAACUUUCGUCCAUACUUGACGUCGUUCCAAGGGAACAGCUUCACCGACUACAUCAACGCGGUUUUCGUAGACGGCUACACAAAACCUCGUGAGUACAUAGUAACAGAGUGGCCUCUAGUGAGGACCCAGGGAGAGUUCUGGUCACUGGUCUAUGACUACGAGUGUGCUGCAGUCGUGGUCCUCUGCGUGCCUCCCAAGAAUUCUCAACAAUUUCCACCAUUCUGGCCGGAGGGUCGUCACUCGAAGAAGUACGGUCCAGUGUUCACGAUAGACCACGUCUCACACAACCACUACACAAACAUCAAGACUUGGAUAUUCAGGAUUAAUAAGAAG